AUGGCAAUUGAGACUCAAACAGUGGUAGACGCUGGAAUGUCGGUAUUCUUGAUAUUAGUUGCUAUCAUAUUCCUUAUUUUGGGAUGUAUUUUAAUAGCUAAAGGUUUGUCGUUCAACUUUGGAAACGGGGAAAUUAAUGAAUAUAGUCGUCUUCUAGAUGGUAAUUCAGGCAGAGGGAAUGUACCCCAUGAAUUUUUAAAUGAUGAAGAAGCCAUGACUCAUUUGGCAGAGGAAUACGACUUAACUGGAGUAUCACCUGAAGAGUUAUCUGCAUAUCGAUUAGGUGAAGAAUUCACUCAAAAACAUCCCAGAAGUAUCACGCAUAUUAAAGGAGGAAGUUUCACUAAUGAGGACUUGAGUUUAAUAAAAGACAAAGGUAUUGAAGCAUUUGAAUUUGUUCAGGAAUCUCCAAAUAAUAUUCUAAAUGCAAAGUUUAUUGUUGCUGAUAAAACAGAUUUAUUAUUUCAAAAUAAUUCCGAACCCUAUUCUACUGCAACAGCCAUGUUAAAUUAUCCAUUGCCCGUUAUUCAUAGAACUCAUGCUGAUACCAUUUAUUUUGAAACCAAAGUAUAUGAAUUUGAUAAUUCUGUGGCCAAUGCCCAUUUUUCAAUUGGGUUGGUCACCAAACCUUAUCCUUCCCAGUUCAGACUUCCAGGUUAUAAUAACUUUUCAAUUGCUUAUGAAUCCACAGGUAAUUUGAAGAUUAACAAACCACUUCCAACUCCCUUACAACAGCAUAUGGGUGAAAACUCAAAAUAUAACGCUCAAGUUUUACCUCCAUUACAACAAUCAGAUGUGGUAGGGUUUGGUUAUGUGAUUCCCUCGGGUACAUUAUUCAUCACUCGUAAUGGGAAGAAGAUCUUAGAUGUCAUGUCUGGGUUAUAUUUGGAUUUGUUCCCAGCUAUUGGAUGUUUCCUGACCAAUGGUAGAUUCCAAGUCAACAUUGGACAAUUGGGGUUUGUUUGGGUCGAAGCAAACGUAAAAAAGUAUGCCUUUGUUUCUACUAGUGAUUAUCGUAAGAUAAGAGGUGAACAAGGCAUGACUGCCUUACCAGAUUAUGGCACACUGUUACUUGAAGACACGAUUUUGGCCAAAGGUGAAGAAUUGCCACCCGAUUAUCCCGAAGAAGAAUUAGAUUUCUUUGGCAGAUCUAUUCAAGCAACCACAUCCGCUGCUGUUGGCGGUGGUACUACUGGUGCUGUUGGUGAUAAUACUUCUUCUCCUCGUACCAGUCAACCCAAAUUGAAUGAAAAGGCUAAUCUGGAUGGUAGUUUCUCCCAAAUCACCAAUGAACCUGAAGAGGUUAUGGAUUUAAGAGAAAGAAUAUAUGAACAAGCAACCACAAAUGAUGAAUCAAAUUCUGUGCUUACUCCUAUUUCUGAUAAGAAUCAAGAUGAUGAAGCGACUGGUCAAACUGAAUCCAUUACCGAACAACCAUCUCAAGAAGCUGCCCCACUGGAAUCAACUCCUCCCACAAUAGAUGACCAGUCGCAACCUGACUCGUCACAACCUCAGUCGGGAUCAAAUGACUUCCCUGCGAGCAAUUGCGAUGUCCAACAAUCAUCAACCUCUGAAAACACCCCAGAACCAAACAAUACCAAAACCAAAUCUACUGGUAAAAAGAAAAAGAAGAAGGGGAAAUCCUCUAAGAAGAAAGGUAAGAAGAAGUGA